GCCUUUGUUGCUCAGCAGAGGGAGUUGGUGUUGGGGCAGAGGGAGCUGUGCAGCAGCAGCAGAUCAGCUCUGAUUCUGUAUUUUUAUUUUCUAUUAGCUGUGUUUACCUUGCCACUGCUUCUGCUGUGCAAUGGAUGGGGUGAACUCAGGGUUACUUGCAGCGUCACGAAAACACGAAAACACCAGCCUUAACAAAGUAACAACAGAGACCUUUAUUAAUAAGGAGACGCACCACUGAGCACGUGGACGUCUGAAGAGCCUCCUGCUCCUGCGUUCAUGCCUGGCCGUCCUACCAUGAGCAAUUCUACUCCAUCAGCAGCUAAUGGCAACGAGAGUAAAACAUAUAAAGGAGACCGAUCCUGCGGCCCCUCUCGCGUCCUUCACGUGCGCAAGGUUCCCAUUGAGGUCUCCGAGGCCGAGGUUAUCUCAUUAGGAAUCCCGUUCGGAAAAGUUACCAAUCUGUUGAUGCUGAAAGCAAAAAACCAGGCUUUUAUAGAAAUGGCUUCUGAAGAAGCAGCGAUCACCAUGGUGAACUACUACACCACGGCCACGCCACACGUCCGUAACCAACCCGUCUACAUCCAGUACUCCAACCACCGCGAGCUGAAGACCGACAACCUGCCCAACCAGGGGAGAACGCAGGCGGCGCUGCAGGCGGUGAACGCAGUGCAUUCUGGGAACAUGGCGCACGCGGCGUCGGGCAGUGAGAGCAGCAUGAUGCCCGGCCAGAGUCCGGUUCUGCGGAUCAUCGUAGAAAAUCUCUUCUACCCCGUUUCUCUGGAGGUGUUGCACCAGAUCUUCUCUAAGUUUGGAACGGUUCUGAAGAUCAUCACCUUCACUAAGAAUAACCAGUUCCAGGCUUUGCUGCAGUACGCAGAUCCCAUGAACGCUCAUCACGCCAAAGUGACGCUGGAUGGUCAGAAUAUCUACAACGCUUGCUGCACGCUGCGCAUCGAGUUCUCCAAACUCACCAGCCUGAACGUCAAAUACAACAACGACAAGAGCCGAGACUUCACCCGGCUCGACCUGCCCUCAGGAGACGGCCAGCCCACACUCGACCCGGGCAUGACCGCUGCGUUUGGAGCUCCUGGAAUCAUCUCUUCUCCGUAUGCUGGAGCGGCUGGUUUCGCUCCUGCUGUUGGUUUCCCUCAGGCUGCAGGUCUCUCCAUGCAGGCCAUGCCUGGCGCUCUGGGACCCCUCACCAUCCCCCCCUCGGCUGUAGCCGGACGGAUGGCCAUCCACGGCAUGGCCCCCACCGCCCUCCACUCUGUUCUCCUCGUCUCCAACCUCAACCCUGACAGUAUAUCACCCCACAGCCUCUUCAUCCUGUUUGGGGUGUACGGGGACGUGCACAGGGUGAAGAUUCUGUUUAAUAAGAAGGAGAAUGCGCUGGUGCAGAUGGCGGAUGCGACACAGGCGCAGUUGGCGAUGAGUCACCUGAACGGGCAGCGGCUGCACGGACGGGUGAUCCGGGUCACCAUCUCCAAACACCAGACGGUUCAGCUGCCCAGAGAAGGUCAGGAGGACCAGGGUUUAACCAAGGACUUCAGCGGCAGCCCCUUACACCGCUUCAAAAAACCCGGAUCCAAAAACUUCCAGAACAUCUUCCCCCCCUCUGCCACCCUGCACCUCUCCAACAUCCCGCCCUCUAUUGCGGAUGACAUGCUGAAGGACCUGUUCUCCAGCGCUGGAUACACAGUUAAAGCUUUUAAAUUCUUCCAGAAGGACCGUAAGAUGGCUCUGAUCCAGCUAGGCUCAGUCGAGGAGGCCAUCCAGGCUCUGAUCGAUCUCCACAACCACGACCUGGGCGAGAACCACCACCUCCGAGUGUCCUUCUCCAAAUCCACCAUCUAACCCCACUCCCAGAGCUCCGCCUCCUGCUGGCUCCUCCCAGUGGCAGUGGCGGCGGGCUGGUUUAUCGAGUGACAACACCUGACCGAUAAACUAUGAACCUCUAAAAAACACAAAACAACAAAAAAAGAAUCAUAAUCGGGUAGGUUUAGAGAUUUUUAGGGAAAAAAAGAAGCUAGAGACUACUGUAUAUAUCCUUCAGCUACAAACUGAAGGGUUUUAGGUUAUUUUAGUCUAGUUUUUGUUAUUUUUAUAAGAUUUGUCCUGAAUUCAGGGCUGCAGAUGCGGAAGCUUCCGUAGCAGGAAGCAGAUUCCUCUUCUGAUCUUCUUACAGCCAUCAAACAGCACAUCCCAACAACAGCAACGCAAACCCAAACCUGCCGCAGCAGGACCGGACCGGACCUCUUCUGGGUUCUGAUUGGUUCUGGGGUCUGAUCAUGUGACCAGUUGCUGGGAAUGAUCUCUUCUUGCUGCACCAGCUGACUGGAUCCUCUUCUGUAGCCCAACUGCCUUGUUGCAUUAAACCGCCGGCUCUUUGGUAAAAAAACGCAGUAAGAGUUGCUGGUUUUAACUACAUGGACGUAUCUGAAAAACCUCUAAUCCAGGCGCCUCUCUGAAUGUCUGAUGUCACACGGUGCUGCCGGGUAAAAAACCCUGUAGCAACAUUCCUCCCGCCGGCGGUCCAUCGUAACGCUCUGAGUAGCAGUAAUAUUGAGAAAAUCGAGGGACGCAGAGACCCAGUAACUCGACGUCACAAUGAUGAAAUGACCUAAAGAGCGGCUCCCAUUCCAGACUCGAACAUCCUGCAGCUGAUUUCAGACUGAAAAUGAACUUCUGCAGGAUUUAAAGUGAAGAGCGGCAACGCAGGGAACGUUUUUCACCAUGUUUGUGUGUGUUUACUGUUACUGAACUGGACAAAGCAAAGCGUAUGGAUACGUGCAGAUCUGUGAAAAGCUGGUGAAAAGCUGGUGAACGGUGAGCUUGCCUUUAUGUUUGCCUGUGAAGUUCGGGGGGAUUUUUCUUUUUUUUUUUUUUUUUCUUUAUUUUUAAAGGCUGUUAUGUGGGCUCACCUCACCUGGACCACCGUCUGGAUGCAUUUCUGCAGAUGCAGCUGAUGCAACUGAUGCGAUUGACUCGACUUGGAUGUGGGAUUCUGACUACAUGCAUACGCACACCGUCACUGUCUGUAGAUGAGUCAGAUCCAGCGAACCAGAGACUAUUUUACUCAACAGAAAAAAAAAAAAAAAACGCACGACCAGGAAAGCAUGGCCAGCUGUCGUCAAUCGUACUGGAACACUCCAAUCAGCAGUGCCCAGCACUCAGGAGGCCACGCCUCCUUUUCAGUGGAAUUUUUGGAAUUUUUGAAUGUGAAUGAUGAUGUAGCCCCUCCCACCUGACGAUGCUCUCUGGUUGGGAUGUGAUUGGUUAAUUAAUCCUCCCUUUUAGCCCGAUUCGAUUCUCAAAACCAAAUGCUUUAUCAUGUGAACUUUAUUAUUAUUAACUUUAUUUUCCUCUCUUUUCCGAAACCUUUGCAAAAACGACCUGAAGGGGGCGGGUCCCUCGUCCCUCCUGCAGAAAUGAACCAAUCAGAGUAGAAUGGGAUUUUCCAUUAAAAAAUGGGUAGAAUGGAAAAUUCCAUUCUGCAGGUUCUACUGAUUUCUGUGGUUUCCUCUCCCUCCUGGACCGUGAGCCUGGUCGUCUCGAGGGCAUCCUGCGUCCUGUGUCAUGUAGCAGUGAUGCGUCUCUACAGCAGCAGCUCUCUCACUUUGCCUUGCUGUCCCAUACUAAACGCCUACACCUCUGAUCAAGACCAAAAAUACUUAUAAAAUAUAAUAGGCAAGGAGAGAGAGGAAAGAGAGAGAGAGGGUGUGUGUAUACUGGGAGCAGCACUGGGAGCACUGGUAGCUGUUUUUACUGAAAUUUUUGCAGCUACGUUAAGAAAAUGUUUGUAUUGUGUGGAAAAUGUGCUGCGGCGUAAUUCUAAUGUGUUAUAGGGUGAUACGGCUUCAGUAGGAGAACCUUAACUCCGAGAUCCAGAAUAUAUGUGUGUGUGUGUGUGUGUGAGUGUGUGUGUGUGGGACUGUGUGUGGGACUGUGUGUGGGACUGUGUGUGGGACUGUGUGUGGGACUGUGUGUGGGACUGUGUGUGGGACUGUGUGUGGGACUGUGUGUGAGAGUGUGUGUGAGAGUGUGUGUGAGAGUGUGUGUGAGAGAGUGUGUGAGUGUGUGAGAGUGUAUGUGUGUGAUAUUUUACCUGGAUCAGUUUCAGCUGCUUCAGUUCUUCUGGAGGAGGUUCUGAAAUUUGUGGGAUUUCAAAGCACAUUUCAUACUGGAUACCUUAUAUAUUAAAUCCCCAUAAAAUGUUGUAUAAAAGUAGUAUCCAGAUAUUACUGUUGGACCGCAAAUUCAUACAGGAAAUGCCAACUGCAGAUUCAUAGCGCAUUAAAAUCUCCCCACAAUUACUGCUUUCAAACAUGACUCCGUAAAGACUCACACUGGUUUAAAACAACACAAUUAUUGACUUUAAAUCAUGAAAUAAUGCUUAUCCCAGUGAAGAUUCAUAAUGAAUUGAAUUAAUCUCCCCACAAUUAUUGCUUUCAGAUUACAAGAAAAUCUGGAAAAACAGGGAAAUUCAUAAUGGAUUAAAAGCAUCACCCACAUUUAUUGCUUUCAGACCAUAUAGAAAACUACUAAAUAAAGAUGAACUGGAUUUAAAAUUCUCCACAAUAACUGUGUUUAAAUUCCACACAACUACACCCUGCCGAUUCAUACUGGAUUACAGUUUCUGAACCAUUAUUGCUUUCAUACCAUAAAAAUUUACACACCUCAGAUUCAUACUGGAUGUCAUGCCAUAGUGUUACUGUUUGACAAAAAAACACUCCAGAUUCAUACUUGAUUAAAUGCACUCUACAUUUACUGCUUUCGCACUGUUAAAAAUUCAUACUAGAUGAAAGAAGAUGAUCUGUAUAGUGUAUAGAGUAUAGUGUAUAGAGUAGCAGAACCUCCGCAGUAGAGCUGAAUAGACUGCAGUGUGUGUGAGUGUGUGUGAGUAAAUGGGCGCGGUGCUGUCUCUCUCUCACGCUGCCGAGGUCCAGCCUUAACAUUCCACUCAGACUCUAGAGGCUCCUGAUUCUGAUUCAGAUUCUGAUCCCGAUUCUAAUCCUGAUCCUGAUCCAGUUUGAGUCCUGUAAAAAUCAGACGAGAGAAACACAGAUGUAUAAAAUAGGAUGUGGUCGUGGAGGCGAGGGACAGCGUCUUUAUUUCUCUUCUUUUUUCCUUCUGCUAAUUUUACCGGAAGCGAUUCCACUCUUCGCUCACACUUCUUAAAAGAAAUUGAAAGAUUUUUUUGAAGUUUACAGUCUUAAAUAAAGCAAAACUAUUCAGGUCUAUAUAUCUUAAGGAUUGUCAAGAAUUUUUGAAAAAAAGAAGUUACUUAUUUUUGGUAAUUUGUUCUUUUUUAUGGAGAGAAACAGAAAAAAAACAAAUUUGAAACCUCAUCGGGUUUUUGUACCACUAUAAUCAUUCAAAAAAAAUCAUGGUGAAAAAAAAAUCAUAUUUACUGUGUAUUUACUUAAUUUUUCUUAUUAUGUGCCUUAUAAUGUGUUUAUAAUCAAAUAGGUUUUAGAAAUAUUACCUAAGAUAUUUUAAGUACUAUUUUGUGGGAUUGGUGAGAGGGUUAAUUUUAUCUAUGAUUUUCUGGUAGGGUUUUUAUUUUUGUGUUUUUUAGAUGUGUAUUUUUGUGGGGACUCAGUUCUGUGUGUCUUUAUUGGAUCUUAAGUUAAUGUUUGGUGCUUUGAUGCACGUUGGAGAAAUGAAGGGUUGGAUUUGAGAAGCUGGACGUUCUGUUUGCUGUUGCUCUCUAUCAGAAUUAAACAGGCCAGUUCAUACCGGAUACCAUAUUCCUGUCAUUUCUAAUCAUACUAAAAUACUGCAAAUAUCCUGUUAAAAUAGCCAGUAUAGUAUAAUACCCAGAAAUCCCAUCACUGCUUUUAGACCAUAAAAAAAUACAACCUGUUGAAAUUCAUACUGGAUUAAAUUAAUCACCCAGCAGAUACGGCUUUUAAAUGAUACAAAAUUACUCACUGCAGAUUCAUACUGGUUUAAAAUCCCAACGUAAUUAUUACUUUCAGACUGUGAAAAAACUACUGAAGUGGAGAUACAUACUGGGUUAAAAUGACCUUCAGACCUUAAAGAAACUGCACACAUCGGAAAUUCAUACUGCAUUAAAAUCCUGCUGUUUCUGUCCUGCUUCUAGAAUUUAAUUAAUGAGAUAUUACAGGCCAAUUCUUACCGGAUAUCAUAUUUAUGUAAUUUCUGCAGUCAAGAUGUAAAUACUGCAAAUAUCCUGUUAAAAUGAUCAGUAUAUUAUAAUACCCAGAUAUUACUGCUAGACAUCCACUUCAGAUUCAUACUGGAUUCACUCUGUUUGGUGAUUAUUUUCACGUUUAUUCGCUCUGAGGAAGGUUAGCGUAAUGUCACUUUAUUACAGGAGCAUAAAGCUUUUUAGCCUUUUAUAUGAGCUCUGAUUGGCUGAGACAUGAGAUUAGAUUCUGAUACUCUAAAGACUGCCGUUAUUAUUACAGAGCUUUAUCAAUCUGCAACAUGAGCUCAAAACACGCUAAUAAUAAAAUGUGCGCUCUGUAUUACAUUAUUAAUCCAUUCUUUAAUGUAAUGAGAUUUUCUUAAUCUUUGUGCUCUAUUUAAAUGUCAUUAUUAAUGUUUUUUAAAAGCAUAUUUAAAACUACUUAUAAUAAAUGCAGUAAAUAAUGAAAAAAAAAAGUUUAUUCUAUAAUUGAUUAAUGCGUUUGCUCAUCAAAUUAGAUGCUUCUUAUUGUUUCUAUUAAUAUCUUGGCAAUAAUGGAGUGAUAUAAUAAAAGAUUUAAACUUAGUAUCUAUUGGUCAGUUUUACAGAAAACAUAUAUAUGAAUGCACAAAUCCACCAGUUACAAACAGCGUUUCUGAUGAGAAGACAAACAAAGAGAAAAAUCAAACUUAUUUGUCGACCCUAGAAAAUGAUUAUAGCAGUCGUUUGAUCCACAGCCUUCUGUAAACAGGAGUCUAAUCAGUACAUUUGGUUUCACUCUUCGCUGCGUCUGUUUAUUUUAAAGCACUAGGAGUUAAUGUUCUCCUGCGGGCGUGUUGAUCGUCGCAUUAUCAGUGGUUUGACUAUUAAGGAUUUACUAACUGAUCAGACUCUGAAACCUAAAUCCAGCUGUUCCAAAUGAGUCCGAACACACUCCAUAAAGACUGUAUGCAUGUGUGUAAAACACUUUAACUCUUUAUACUCUGGGUUACUCACGGUUAACUACACGCAAAGAAGUGCAAACUGACCUGGUUGUUCCUAAAUCAUAAGUAGAAAAACUAGAAAUUACUGGCGAGUUUUAUCUUUUACAGAAGUGCUUCUUUAUGUAACCAAAAUUGAUAAUUCUAUAACAUUACUGAAAUAAUUCUUUGUAGCGUUUUUUAUUUAUCUGAUUUUGUGAUUAAAUGAUAAUAAAAUGAGAAGAAAAUCACAGCAUCCAGACCUGCAGCUUCUCAGCUUCACCUUCAGUAGUGCCGUUUCUGAGCAUAGCUGUCUGAGACCUCCCCUCUGUGUGUGUGUGUGUGUGUGUGUGUGUGUGUAUGUGUGUGUGUUUUAGAGUUUGAUCUUAUUUACUGUAUCUUAUAUUGGAUUUUUUUAGCGGGUUUGGCCUGUUUUGUGCUCUGUAGUGAUUUAUUUCUAUUUCUUUUUGUUUAUCAGGAUGUGAAAAACUGGUUAAAGGAUGGUUGUCUGUCUGUCUGUCUGUCUGUCUGUGUGUCUGUCUGUGUGUCUGUCUGUCUGUCUGUCUGUCUGCACCGGCAGAGUCAGCUGUUCUCCAGUGUUAAAAGAGAGACAGAAUGAAAUAGUGAGAAAGUUUGGAGUUUAAAAGCUGAGAUUAGUAUUUUAAUCUGACUUUUGAUAAACUGGAAAUAUUUAAUGCUGCAGUUCAUUCAGUAAGUAAUGAAAUAUAAUUUAAGUCUCUGUCGUUAAUGAAUGACGCAGUACAUUCAAUUUAAUACUCAAUUAUUUAAUUCUGGAGUAACAGGUAAUCCAGGCUCCACAGCGACACUAUCUAUAAUCAGGGUUUAUAGCGUUUCAGAUGUAACUGAGGUUAAUGUUCUCCUCCAAGCGUGUUGAGCUCUUUCUCAUCAGUAGCAGUUUUUUUUUUACUUUUCACCUAAUUCAUCUAAAACCUGAUUCUGAUAUAUUUGAAUCCUGAUAUCUUUUAUUUCUGAUAUAUUUAAAUGACAUUUACCUGACUUUUGAUAAACGUGAAAUAAAAAAAUGGAUUUUUCAUUAUUUUAAAAAUUACACAAUUAAUAUUUCAAAGGUAAAUUUCUGGAUGUGACAAUUUGUAGAUCAGAAUUUUUGAAAAUCUGAAAUUCUAAAGAACAACAAUUUUUACCUCCUUACAGAAUUCACAGAAUUUAAAUGUAUGAAUUAUACCAUUAAAUAUUUUAAGUUUUUUUUUUUUUAAGUCAGGUAAAUUUUUGGAUCUGACUUUUAUCUUAAAAUGUUUUUGUUUCAACAGCGAAUUUUAACACAAAAAGCAUUACAAUUAAAUAUUAAAUAUUUAAGGUAAAAAGUAAAAAGGUAAAUUCUGUUUAAAUAUACAGAUUAAAAUAUUAAUUUCAGUUUUUGAUCUCUGUAUUGAAGGAGCUUCGAUCUCAUCACUUCUGAACCUUCAGUGCUGAUUAUGAUCGUGUGUGUGUGUGUAUCGGUGUGUGUGUGUGUGUCGUUGUGUCAAUGUAUCUGUGUGUAUUGUAUUGAAUGCUGUUAAAGUGGCGGAGCGGCUGAUUGGCCGGCGGGCGCUCUGGCUCCUCCCCCUCCGCCGGCUGGGUGCGGGUCCCAUUGUCUGCUCUUAAGCUUUUCAUUUUACAAACAGGAGAAAAAGCCAGACUUCAUAUAUAAAUAUAAACUCGGCACUAAAGCAGUUCAGUCUGAUAACCUUCAGACUGCAGCUCCAGCCUCCGCUCUGCUGAUUUCUUUCUUUUUUCAUUGUUUUUCAUCUUAUUUUAUCUUAUUUUUCUGGGUUAAAUCAUCAGCGAUCCUGUCUCGACUCAGGCAACAUUGUCCCGCCGUGAUGUACGAUGUAAUUUCCUGUUGAUAUCAGCCUGUCACUCAAAACGGUUAAAAAAAACAAUCUACUUUCACUGUUGUCUUUUUUUUUU